UAACGCAUGCAUAGGCAGUGUCCUGUCCACUGUACUGCCAGUGCUGAAGCCUGAAGUUACGGCAGAGCUAGCCUAGAGCCAGCCUUGUUGUGUUGGUGAUCACUUGGAAACUGAAGACACCGAAGAGUCCAAUGAGGAUAGAGUUUCUACCCUGCCAGAAAGGGCCAUUCAUGAAUCUGUGAAGUCGGUCUACUUUUUGGUUAGAGAAGAAAAGCCAAGUUAAAUUCUGCAUAUUAGGAAGGACUUUGAGUAUUCAGAUGCCAAGAUGGAUGAGAAUGACAGUGAUGAGAAUUCUUUGCAUGACGGUAUUGUAUUGACCUGCAUUGAUGAGGAUAGUUUGAUUUUCAUUAAAUGUGAGAUUGAAGAAAGUGAAACAGAUUUGAUUGCAACCGACAAGGAUUCUUCUCUUCCUGAAGACGAGGGAACGUUUGAUGGCAAGUCUGCAGCUCUCAUGGAGACAGAUGAAACUUCUCAAGAUAAUGAUGAGAAGGGGCCUGGGGACCAUGGAAGUAGUUCUUUGAGUUUUGAUCUUUCAAGCAAAGAAGAAACUGGUCCCCAGCAGCAUGAGGAUAGACGAUGCUCUGAUGAAGGGAGAGUGGAAAGUGGAGAGGAUGUUUUGACUGGGCCAUGUAAUUGUAAUAGGGCAGACUGUUCAAGGUCUAUGCAUUCAAGCACUAAGAAUCAUGAAACAACUACUUCCAAGGAUAAAAGAACUCUUCAAUGUUUAGUGUGUGCUCUCUCAUUUUCUGAAGAGUCUCAACUGAGGGAACACUUCCAACGAUGUCAUUACAUCGUCAUAGAGUCUGAAGACAUGACUCAAUGUUCGCAUUGUAAAAAGUCAUUUCGAUGUAAUUCUGACUUUGUGACGCAUGAAGCGAAAUGCUCUUUGGGAAAGCAGUUUGGAUUGAGUUCUUUUAAAAAACUUGAUUCAGACGAUAGCAGAUUUAAUGAAGGAACACUUCAAAAUGGUGAUAAAGACUUCUCUCAGAAACUUUUCAACUUCCCACAUCAUGGCGAAAGUUUUCCAUCCAAGUGUGAUCUCGCAAAUCAUAAUGUAAAUCAUUAUGGUAACUCUUAUAAAUGUGACAUAUCUUCACAAGAAAAAAAUGAACAUGAAAGAUCACAUAAGGAGCAAAGGCCAUUUGAAUGUCAGUAUUGUAAAAAGAGAUUCAAGCUUAAACACCAUCUCCAAGACCACAUGAGAAUUUACACAAAUGAGAAGCAUUAUGAAUGUCCAUAUUGUAACAAGAAAUUUUCCCAGAAGAAAGAACGUGAUAUGCAUGUAAUCGAACACCCUGGGGUUGAUUUUCCAGAAUGUUCUCUGUGUAAAAAGAAAUUUGCAUCUUUAGACAUGAAGCAUAGACAUAUGAAACGGUAUCAUGAAAUUGCUGACUGUACAAAAGAAAAAAGUUGUCAUUUAUGUCAGUAUUGUGGUAAAAUAUUUGGCCUUAAAGGUACUCUGAAGAAACACAUUAGAAUUCAUACAAAGGAUACAUGUAAAAGCUUCCAGUGUAAACACUGUGGCAAGGAAUAUUGUCAUCAAUCAUCAUUGAAUGAACAUGUAGGUAAGACUCAACCAGAAUGCCCUAAAUGCAAAGAGAAAUUUGCAUGUAAGACGAUGAGGCGCGAACACAAGAAAAACUGUGUUUUAGACUAUCGUCAAGAUGAAGACAAAGACUUCUCUCAGAAACUUUUCAACUUCCCACAUCAUGGCGAAAGCUUUCCAUCCAAGUGUGAUCUCUCUAAUCAUAUUGUAAAUCAUGGUAAGUCUUAUAAAUGUGACAUAUCUUCACAAGAAAAUAAUGAACAUGAAAGAUCACAUGACGACCAAAUGCCCUUUGAAUGUCAGUAUUGUAAAAAGAGAUUCAGGUUGAAACACGAUCUCCAAGUCCACAUUAGAAUUCACACAAAGGAAAAACCCUAUGAAUGUCCAUAUUGUAAGAAGAAAUUUUCCCGGAAGAAAGAAUGUGAUAUGCAUGUAAUCAAACACCCUGGGGUUGAUUUUCCAGAAUGUUCUCUGUGUAAAAAGAAAUUUGCAUCUUUAGACAUGAAGCAUAGACAUAUGAAAAGAUAUCAUGGAAUUGUUGACUUGGAAUGUACAAAAGAAAAUUAUCAUGAAUGUCAGUAUUGUGACAAAAAAUUUGGCCUAAAAGGUACUCUGAAGAAACACAUUAGAAUUCAUACAAAGGAUAAACCAUUCCAAUGUAAGCACUGUGGCAAGGAAUAUAGUCAUCAACCAUCAUUGAGUGAACAUGUAGGUAAGACUCAACCAGAAUGCCCUAAAUGCAAAGAGAAAUUUGCAUGUAAGACGAUGAGGCGCAAACACAUGAAAAUCUGUGUUUUAGACUAUCUCCAAGAUGAAGACAAAGAAUACUCUCAGAAACUUAUCAACUGCUCUCAUUGUGGCGAAAGCUUUCCAUCCAAGUGUGAUCUCGCAAAUCAUAACAUAAAGCAUAAUGCAGAAAAAUCAUAUGAUUGCUACUAUUGUGACAAAUCUUUCCCAUCUCCACAAGAAAGAAAUGAACAUGAAAGAUCACAUGAAGAGCAAAGGCCAUUUGAAUGUCAGUAUUGUAAAAAGAGAUUCAAGCUGAAACACCAUCUCAUUGACCACAUUAGAAUUCACACAAGGGAAAAACGUUUAGUAUGUAAACAUUGCAGCAAAAAAUUCAUCCAUGCGAUUUCAUUAAAGUUUCAUGUGAGUAAUCCAGAAUGUAUCAAAUGCAAAAAGAAAUUUGCCUGUGUGACCAUGAAGUAUACACAUACAAAAAAUUGUCGUGCAUAUCACGAUAAAUCUUGUGAACGUCUCAAAUGUGGCGAGAAAUUCAGAUUGAAACAGAAUCUGAAUAAACGUACACAGGAAUUACAUAGAGUGGCUAAAUUAUUCCAGUGUAACCAUUGCAGCAAGGAAUUUUCUGACAAGAAGAAAUAUGAUAGGCACAUGUCCUCACAUGUUGAGAGAGAUUUACCCAAGACUUACCUGUGUCAGUAUUGUGGAAAGAAAUUCCGCUUAAAAGGUAAUCUAGUGGAGCACAUUAACACCCACACAAGAGAAUCCUCUUUCAUAUGUAAACAUUGCGGCGCAGAAUUAUACCGUAGGAUGUCAUUAAUGUCACAUUUGGGUAUUGGACGAACAAAACCACCAGUAUGUCUCAAAUGCAAGCAGAAAUUUGCCUGUGUGACCAUGAAGAGAAGACACAUGAUAAAGUAUCAUGGAUACUGUAAUAAAUCUUAUAAGUGUCUAGAAUGUGGAAAGACAUUCGUUAUAAGGAGUAAUCUGAAUAAACAUCUUGAACUUCACGCAAAGGAAAAAUCCUUUGAAAACAAGAUUCGAUAUGAUUCUCAUAUGACUGCGUAUACUGAGGGAAAUUUACCAGCAACCUAUGAAUGCAAGUAUUGUGGCAAGACGUUUGACCAGGAACAUCGUCGAGAUUACCAUGUAAGAAUCCACACAAAAGAGAAACUGUAUAAAUGUGAGCAUUGUGACAUGGAAUUUAUCCAUAGGGGUACAUACAAUGCACAUGUGGGUAAUGCUGGACCGAUACCUCUAGAAUGUUUCAAAUGCAAACAGAAAUUUGCUUGUAAGACCUUGAAGCGAAGACAUAUGACAAAGUUUCAUGAUGGAUUCCCCUUUGAUUGUCAGAAGUGUGGCAAAAAAUUCAAAUUAGAAAGUAAUCUGAAUCACCACAAGUGUGUCAGAAUUAAAGAGAAGAAAGCCUUCAAUUGCAAAAUGUGCAGCAGGGUAUUUCGCUACAAGAAGUGCUAUGAUGUGCAUGUGGCCACUCAUGUUGAGACAACUGUACCAGAGUAACACAGUGCUCUCAGUGGUAAAGGCAGGUUUUCCAGCAUUGAACGUGAAAAAGGGAAAGGCCAUCUUUGGGAACAACUUGAGCUGCUUAUACAUGUAUAGUGUGAAUGGCAGCCUUGUGGAACUUGUGCAGGAACAUACUAGAAACACAUUCAGAAAUGAAGGAUUCACUAACAUCCCUUGGCUUGUAGGAAAGACCUGUCUCCAAAUGUUCCAAUCUAGGCUGUUGUAAUACAGCUUAGGUCGGGCAUGGAUAGCACUGUCUGUUCCUUCUCAUCAUGUGACCAUCUCUUUUUCUUUCUACCAUGGCAGCAUUGUGUCAAAGAACAUUGCCAUACCAGACCAGCUUGUAAUUCUUGACCAACUUUAGUAUUGUCUCUCAGUGACCCACUAGAUUGGUGACCUUGUCUCUGAGAAACCCAUUGGUUCUGUGUUCCCCAUAGUUUUAUCUUUCCAGUUUCAACUAAGAUUGUGCCUGUUGCACAUCCAUAGCUUAUGAUCCUGUAUAGUCUUUGCUGCUUUUCCAUAUUGAGCCUAGUCAACUCUUCUGUAAGUGGCAUGAACCAUUGCUCUUAAGUAUUGAAGCUUUUAACUUUUCCUAAUGUUUAUCUGUUAUGAUGUUUCCAGUGAUGUACUUUUCUCUGCUGAUGUUGAUAGACCCCUAUUCAUCCGUCCUGUACAUUAGUUCAGGUCCUGUUAUUUGCUAAAAGUUUCAACACUGAGGUCAAUUUCAAUGAAUUAGGAUAUUGCAGAAAGGUCCACCACCAAUUUAUAUAGAUGUGACCAAGAAUACAUGUUGAAAAAGACAGGAAAGAGUAAACAACCAUGCCUCAUGUCGGCUGGUGUCUGGUUGAACUUUCUGAAGUGGCUUUUUAAGAUAUAGUCUGUGAACAGUCUUAAUCUCCUGCAAUAUUUUCAGGCCGUGGUCCUGGACUCUCUGUUGUCUUCCAUCUUUUGCUAUGCCCAAAGUUUGAUAGAUCAAUAGGUGGUUUCAAACCGCCUCGAUCACAAGAAUCCCCGUUAAAUUACAGGAACUGUUUUCGGCUAAA